CUUUGAUCUCCCCCGGGGCACACGGUCACCGCGCGUCUUCCUCUCCCCGCGCUCGCGCUUCAUCCGGUGUCGAGUUUCAUUUUUUCUCCUCUCCGGCUCCGGCCUCCCCCUUCCUUUCCGCCUAAUGUGCAGCCGCGGCUCGGCCGGUCGCGGCUUCAUCCCUAGGAGGACCCACUGGAAGCAUCUUUUGGGGCGGAAUAUUAAACCGGCCUGAGCAGAAAAUAAGAGCUCAUUGCUAUGGACAGCGCCAUCACCCUGUGGCAGUUCCUCCUGCAGCUCCUUCAGGAGCCUCAGCACAAGAACAUGAUUUGCUGGACCUCUAACAAUGGGGAAUUCAAGCUUCUGCAAGCAGAAGAGGUGGCUCGUCUCUGGGGGAUUCGAAAGAACAAGCCUAACAUGAAUUAUGAUAAACUCAGCCGGGCCCUCAGAUACUAUUAUGUGAAGAAUAUCAUAAAAAAAGUGAAUGGUCAGAAGUUUGUGUACAAGUUUGUAUCUUACCCAGAGAUUUUGAACAUGGAUCCAAUGACAGUGGGCAGGAUUGAGGGAGACUGCAAAGCCUUCAGUUUUAGUGAUGUCUGCAGCAGUUCCAAAGAUGUGGAGAGUGGAGGGAGAGAGAAACCACCGCAGCCUGGUGCCAAGAGCUCGAGCCGCAAUGACUACAUACACUCCGGCUUGUACUCUUCAUUUACUCUCAACUCUCUGAACUCCUCCAAUCCGAAGCCUUUCAGAUCUAUAAAGAUUGAGAAUCCAGCUGAGAAACUGGCAGAGAAAAAAUCUCAGGAGCCAGCACCAUCUGUCAUCAAAUUUGUAACAACACCUUCCAAAAAGCCACCCGUUGAACCUGUUGCUGCCACCAUUUCAACUGGCCCAAAUAUCCCUCCAUCUUCAGAGGAAGCUAUCCAAGCUUUGGAGACUCUGGCUUCAUCCAAACUGCCAUCCCUGGAAGCCCCAGCCUCAGCAGCCGGUGUAACGGCAGCUUUUCCCACCCCACCUCCUGUUGCAUCCGUGUCCCCUUUGCAGGAGCUGCCGGGAACUCCAUCACCGCCACUGAGUUCCAACCCCGACAUCGACACAGACAUUGAUUCAGUGACUUCUCAGCCAAUGGAACUUCCAGAGAACCUGUCUCUGGAGCCUAAACACCAGGAUUCAGUUUUGCCAGAAAAGGACAAAACAAAUAAUUCAUCAAGAUCCAAAAAACCCAAAGGGCUAGAGCUGGCGCCCACCCUCGUGAUCACUGGCAGCGAUCCAAGCCCGCUGGGAAUAUUAAGCCCAUCCCUCCCUACCGCUUCUCUUACGCCAGCACUUUUUUCCCAGACGCCCAUCUUACUGACGCCGAGCCCCCUGCUCUCCAGCAUCCACUUCUGGAGCACUCUCAGUCCAGUUGCGCCCCUGAGUCCGGCCAGACUGCAAGGUGCUAGCACGCUCUUCCAGUUUCCUGCACUGGGCAGUCAUGGGCCAUUUACUCUGUCUGGCCUGGAUGGACCUUCUACCCCUGGCCCAUUUUCCCCAGAUCUACAGAAAACAUAACCUAUGACUUGUGGAAUGAGAGAACCGAGGAAUCAAAAAACAGUGACAGUCAACAUGAUUACCUUUGAAGUAAGCAAUUGGUAAUUCCUCAAAGCCAACAAGAGACUGCUGUGAGUGCUCCGCUUCCCUCUGAAGUGCCGUUUAGGACUCCCUGUGAAUAUAGACUCAAGAUGGACUGUGUAUAAAAAAUGCCUUAAUUGGGGUCCAAACUUCACCUCCCCCUUUUUUCUUUUUUUAAAAAACAUCUUGAGCUAUGUUGUAAAGGAAAUUUUGGUGGGGGUUAGCAGCUUUUGUUUUGCAAGAGCAAUUAAGAACAAAGUUGCUCUUUCUACCUUUUUGGGACCCUUUGGCCAGGAAAAAAAUUAUACUUUGAUUAUAUUGUUUAGAGAAAUAUUAGUUAAAUGAAAUUGGUCAUGUAUUUAGAACUAAGUGUACUCUGCUGAAUAACUAAAAGUAAGCUGGGCAAAAGCAGUGGAGGCAAAAGAAUGAUUCCUAUUUAUGCAAAGUAAAAUGGGUCAGCACUACCAGGGAGAGUCUGUUUUGCUGUCAACUGUAACAUGUAAGUAACACCACAGAAAGACAUUUACAUUCAUUCAUGGUGGGUCCCUUCGCCUUAUGUGCGAUCGUGUCUGAACCCGCUAACGGUGCGUGGAGCUCGUCUGUAGGGUUUAAGACAGUGUUUGGGACAGCCAGUGAGAACAUGGGAUCCAUGUCUAGCAUGUGGUCUGCUUCUGGGUGGUCUGACCACACAGCACAGCGCGGUAGAUGGUGAUGUGUUAGGAGGACGCACCUUGCUUUUGAAAAUUUGAGGCAUCUCUGAGUGAAGAAUCGUGUAAUUUGAAACAACAUCUGGGGCUUUUCCCAGUUAGAAGUUAUGCAGCACGAAGGAUCCUUUCUCUUUUCUGUUAAUUUUACCCUAUUUUAUAGGUUUAUUUGUCUUUAAAAAUGUAAGGUUGUUAGAGGUUGAGAUACGUUUAAAGAUGUCUUUAGGAAGAUGAAAGGCAAAGUCUCCAUAUCUGUAGUGAGGUAAAGAUGUGCUUAUUUCUUUGAUUUUUUUUUUUUUUUUAAAUUAGGAGCAGGGUUCCUUUGGAAAUGCUCAGACAUAGGGAUUGGAUUAUUCAUAUUGGUGAUGGUGAAAAAUUUCUAAAGUGUAACAAUCAAUGUCAGGUACCGGAAGAUUGGCUGGUCCCCCAAACUGGAUAGCAGCAUCGUAGCAGAGUCUUUUGAAAAACUCAGCUUUAAAGUCUGGUUUUAGAUUAUGUGCUGCUGCAGCCACCCCCACCCCCCUGCCCAUUAAAUUAGUCUAAUCCUAGAAAUAGUUCUUGUAAUUAAGUCACAUGAGCUAAAUAGAAUGAAGGAGUAAGGACUUGAGGAUUCAAAAUGACACUGAUACCAAUCAAUGUCUUCCAGAUGUUUCGUGUUUGUUUUGAAUCUGUUUCUAUACAGUGUGGAGAAGCUCUCAUAGGAGACGUCUUCGCUAGUUCAUUAGCAGUGCAGGGACAAUAUUCAGGGAGCUGCCUUCAUGCCUGUAGUAUUGGAGACCUGUUACUGGUUCAUUUGUGGUUAGGAGCUCAAAGUUCUGUUCCUAAGAUGUGCAAUAGUAGGAUUGAAAGGUAGUGUUCAGAAGUGAUGGGGAACAGACAUAUUGGAUUUUUUUCCUGUAUUGAGUUAUUUAGUUCGCAUGCCUGUUUGAAAUUAGAGCUCUCUGCAGCACUUUUGAAUAGUUAGGUUAAUUAACAAUUUUUACAUUAAAUAAAUAAUAUUGAUGGCUUGAUUUAACUAGAUAUUUAAAAUUUUGAAAGCACAGAAGGUGUUUUAUCUUUUUAAAUUAAUGGAGAAAAGCCAUUGGUUUUAUUUUCACAGAUGAUUUUUUUUUGUAAUUGUUUCAGCACAGGGGUGCCUUGUGAACCAAGGGCACCAUUAAAACUUGGUCAGAGCAACUUCCUAGGAACCAAUUUUACUGAGUCCUACAUCUGUAAACCUAUCCCUGCAGGUUUUGAGUAGGUUGAGUCCUCAGGGGGUUAAUGAUGAUCUGCUUUCUCCUUGCGGUCAACUCAUCUAGGGAAGCCUGUGUAUUUGUCCCCUUUUAAAGGAAAGUACCACCUUAGCUGAAAUGCAUGAGGCAGACCAUUCUAUUUGUAAACUACCUCCUUCCUGGAAAACUCUGUUUCAUGUUGUUUUGAACAUCAACAGAGUUCUUACCAUCAAGAGAUGAUACCCCACUUAAGAUCAGCACUCACUGGCGAGGCUUAUGUUCAGUAACUGGCUGGUGUCCAUCACUAGUCACUUUGCCAGGUUGAGUAGGUAUUGGGCAGAGCAGCCUACGUGAAAAUAGUAGAGCAGGUUGAAUGAGAUUUGAGACCCUCUGCUGUGAUUGUCUUAGCUCAUCAUCUUUUCUGGCCCCUGGCUACUUAGUGGUGUGCUGGAAAUACUUCACCAGGCUCUGUGAAGGAGGAGAAAAAAUCCCUUAAUCUGAAGCCUUUGUUGAUUUCGCCAUGUAAAUUACCCUCCCAGUGACUGAUUUUAAGCCGUCACCUUGGGCUGGAGAAGGGAUGUGCACUGUUACUGGCUCAGAGCCCCACACUUAGCCAGCAGACUACUCUUAUCUGGUCCGCCGUGUUGGGUUUGCACAUAAUUUUGAAAAUAAUUUUUCUUAUCCAUAUGCUAAUUUAAAAAAAUCAAAGUAAAAUCAUGUUUGACUUCAGUAAUCUUUUUUUUUAGUGCUCUGUCAUAGUGCUACUGUAGCAUCUUUUGUGCAUUUAAAGAUAGAAACUUCCGUUGAUUUUUUUUUUUAAAAAUUUAUACAUAAUGGAAGAAUCAGGAAACCCUCAAAAGGUCAGUGUUAAGCUUUUUAGAGUUUAAAUAUAGGCUUAUUUCUCCCCCCCCACCACAUUUUGGUGGGUAAAAUAUAGGUAUUAUUUUUUCUUCCAAUUUUGAUGGGGAAAGUAAGUUAUAAGCCUGUAUAGUAAAAGGGUACUGGAUUUUUUUUUUUAAACUGGAAAACUCCUGGAAGAUUUACAUACCAUGUUAGAGAUCAAAAAAAGGCCAGGCUGACUUUAGAAUCUACUUUCCUGGCAUAGUAUCCCAUCUUCUCUAUACUGUAUGUCACUUAGGCUUUGAGGAGAAAUGACUCAGAAGCUUGGAUUCUUGAGCUGUAACUGCGGGCUCUCUGUGGUACUCCUCGGCAUCACUCCCACCUGGCAUUGCAUGAUAAUGAGCAGAUGACAUGGUCUCAUCCUUAUCUCAGAAUUUGUGUUACGAUUUCUAAACUCUGACUUCUGAAAGGCAGAUUUAUAUGUUUGCAAUGAAUUUAAGCACCUACAAGGCCCUGGUGAGAAAAGCAGUCUUCAUUUCAGCCUUUUUUUUUUUUUUUUUUUUUUGUGUGGGACCCUUGCUGGCGGCGCUGCAGAGGCUGCAGGCAGCCUCUCAGCCCAGCGCUCAACCGCUGUACCACCAGGGGAGGCCCCAUUUCAGCCUUUUUUGAAGAUACCUCUUGAUCAAUGAAAGGUUCUGAGCACAAAUUCCCUGUUGUGGGGUCUGUGUAUGUAUGUUGAGUCACAUAUGCAGCAGUAAUAGCUACAUGGUAAGUGAAUCGGACAUGAGAAGACAUACACAAAAAUAGGAAUUAAUGAUGGCACACAAAACAAAUCUUGAGUAAAGUUCUAGCAUUUUCUUUCAGCACCCAGUAGAUUGCCUUGUGCACCCUCUCACAGCUCACUCUCUUCUGUAAAAGACCACUGACCCAGGAUAUUACUUCUCAGUCCAAUCUUGGGGCUACAGGGGAUAUGGAUACUUUUGUUGUGAUAUAUGAAGAACUACUUUACAUAUUUGGUCUGAUUUUUAUGUAAAAUCCCUAGAAGAGAUUUGGAACUUUUCAAGAGAGCUUGUUACCAACCUUCUGGAAUUUCAUUUUAAUUCUUUUUUUGUAAGUCACCAACUAACCCAUUUCACCAGUGUUUCCCAGGGCUUCAUGCAUACUAGUUUUGAUAGCCUGUUAUCUCUUUCCUAUUAGGUAUGACUCCAUAAUUAUUUUUAUCUUACUCGUCUAGUUAGAUUUAUUUUGGACUUUAUUACCAUCAAACUCAGAUUUUUUCAAGUUGCUUUAUGUUAAAAUAUUUAGUGACCUCCAUUUUCUUGCCUUAUUAAUUUUUUAUUUUUAAAAUUUGUAACAUUUCAGCAUCUGAACAAAUAUUUUCCUGAGUGGGUCUGUUCUGUUUAUCACUUACUAUAUAUGCUUUUUAUUACCCACGCCAGGAAUCUAGAACUGUGCUGAGGUGCCAUUCUUAGGUGUGUCAGUGAGAGUGGGGAGGUGCACAGGGGGUGAGUACAGGUCUCUCUGCAGACACCUGCUCUCUGAAUGAAUCACCAAACCACAGGGAAGAUAAAAAGAGUAUUCAUGAUGAAGUCUGUCAUUGGAGGGCAUGACAGAAUAGAUCAUUUCUAAAAUGGAAUUGAGGAGUUAAUUGUUCAACCCAUAGUAAUGUAAGUCAGCCAUAAUUAUCUUUCUUAACCAGGUAUUCUGACCAGAAAAUGGGGAAGGCAUUUGUUAAAAUUAUCUUCUUGGUUUGGGGUCAAGAAAUAAAUGUUUUGUGAUUGUUUUUAAUGUUGCUGGCAUUGCCUGAAAUAAGGUGCCCUCUUACUUCUCUUAUGUCAUCAGAACUCUGCUUAUGGAAGUGUUAAUCUUAGAAUCUGGAAUUCUUGCGGUGGUAUUGUAUUAAGCAAGGAAAGCAAGGUGGUUUGAUUUCCUUUCUUGUACUUGGUGGAACGUGUUAGUAUAAAAGUCACGUUUUGACCUGCAAACAGCAAAUCUGAACGGUGAGUUGUUAAUAUAGUGUAAAUGUUGCACCUGAAGCUGCCAGAUUCUUCUAGCUACUUUUGGGAAAAAAUGAAAAAAAAAAAAAAAAAGUGAUAGGUUGACGACCUGCCAGAAAAUAGCACUUUGAGGGUCCUGUCUGUCACAGCUUAGCUGUUGUGAGAGCGGAAGCCCAGCGUGGCUGUGUGAGGGGAAUGUCAGCCCUCGCUUUCUCUAGAAACCAGAAGAUUCAAGCUGUUGCUGACGUCAUUUUAAAUGAAACCUUUAACGAGAAAAUUCAUGAGGGAUACAGUCAAACGUAGUAAGUCUCUUGAACUCUAAUCUUUUGAGUGUAAUAAUACACACCAGGAAGUUUUAUGAGAUUAAAAUUUUUAUCUUCUAAUGUUUAAUUGGGAGACCAGAGCUUUUCUUUCCAAGUCAUUCAGAUUUAUUGACUGAGCAUGUGUAUAUACUGAUGAACUGAUGAGUGUAUGUUUUUGUAUGUCUAAGUAAAUCUGUUUUCAAAGGGAACAUAUAUUAUUCAUCCUCCAGGAUGGCUCCAAGGCUAUUUUAUACUAAAACUUAAGAAAUUGGCUGCACUUUGCAGUUGCCACUUUUUAAAAAUUAAUGUCUUGCAUAUUUGUUUUUUUUUAAAUACAUAGACUCAUAGGCCUUAAAAAGAAACUGCUUGCCAACAUUUUAAAAAUAAAGUGCUCCAUGUGACAUUAUCUAAACAAAAUCAUCUUAAACUGUUUUCUUAUGUUCUUCAGGUAUUAUUGAGCAAAUAGGAUGUCCUUUCUUGAAAUUUCUACAUUUGCUUUUGUGUAAAAUCCUCAUUUUGUUGGGCUCUAAGUUUCUCAGAGAAGAGGUUUAUAGAAGCAGCAUUUCUAAAAUAGAGUUCACCACAGAUAGACUAGAAGAACUCUGGCAUUGUGGCCUACUUUAUCCUUUUAAAGUGACUGUACAUACGGCGCGUUAGUGGAAACUGCAGUCUCGGGCUGGAUAGUUCUGUCCACUUUUCCUUGUUUUCCCUCUCAUAAGGGUCCAUCUGGUUGUUACCCCUUCCAAGGAUUAGGAGCCAUAUGAGGACAGGCCUGGGAUCUUCUGGACUAGGGGGGAUGGGGGUGCCCUGUGGCUGAGCCUGAGUUCUCGCCAGUGGAGCCAUGCAGGUAUACCUGGAGGUCAGGGGUAGGCAUGCCAGAUGCUGGUAUUAAAUCGCUUGGCACUUUUGGGGCACCAUUAUUAGCACUGUUUUGUUUUUAAUAACUGGAAGCACUUAGUGAUAAUGUUUAAUUUCUUCUUAAGCAUAUUGGGGGUCAGGGAAGUAAGGUUAAUUUCUUGUUGAUGUUUUCUGGAACUUAAGGCUGUUUUGGAGAAGGGAAAAAUGGGCUGCCUAAUGAGCCAUUCUUCUGGACUCUGGAAGGUUUGCCCUUUGGGCUAGGUUGCUUUUAAACAACUUAUAAACAAUAUUGUGCUUUGUAGAAAUGCAUCACUUUUUAAAUGAUUCACAAUCAGAGGAUCACACACAACUUUGUAAACUAUCCAUUGUAAGUUUCUUCUUUGUUUAAUUGUUGCUGCCUGUCUGUUAUGUAGGGGGCAUAGGCCCUUCUAAGACAUUUCAUAGUUUUUGUUUUUGAGGGCAGUAUUACCAGUGGCCUUUAUAUGUACAGUACAUUCAUUGUUUAUGUGAUAAAGUAGCAUAUUUUAUGAACUUCCCUGUCUAGUGAAAUGAAGAUGCGUAUAUGUAAAAGUAGGAAAGAAGUGAACACAAUUGAUUUUUGAUACCUGAGGCUCUUCAGUUUUGCCAUCCUAUGUUUUCUAAUUACAAUCACCUGUUUCCUCACUUUUGCCUUCUAGCAGUUUCAUUUACCUUUGUGCGUAGGGAAGAUUAAAUAUGAAACUCAGUCCAGUCAUUUUGCUACUUCGGUUUGAAGUGAAUAAAAUUUUUAAUUAAUUGUAAUUAACUAAUUAAUUUUUCAGAAGUAUACCCUUAAUUCACCAAAUAUUCAAGUUGGCUUUUUAAAAAAGCAUAUCAUUUUGCAUUUUGAAGAACAAAUAAUUCUCUCUGAGUCCUGCUGGGGGGUCUUCGAGUGUGGAUAUCACCUGAAAAUUAAAUGAUGUUAAAUAAUAAAAUUGAUUUUCAUCUCCCCAAUCUAUUACCCUUAUGUAAAGCCUAUAUCUGCUGUGGGGUUAACACAGGAGAGAUGUGUUCUUUAUGUCAGUGUCUUCGUUAGGGAUCUGUGGUGACAUGUCAGGGUGCUUUCCUCAGACCUAGAUCAACACCACUGAUAAGACAAUUGCUUUUUUUCUCAUUUCAUUGACAUCUCUCUCUUAAUAUGCAGUAUCCACCACUUUUGUAUUUCUAGAACACUCAUCUAUAAGGCAAGAACACAUCUACCCAAAGGAGUGAAUAACUGUUCAAGUGUCAUUAACAGUUUAUCUUGACUUUAUUGUAACUUACAUUAGGGAAAACCUGAAAGUAUUAAAAUCAUAUUUUUCCUUUUGCCUACAGAAAGCAAUUAAAAUGAUGGUAACUGCUAACAUUUAUUAAAAUCACAUUAAUUGUUGAUGCAACUGGAGAGAAACCACCAUUUCUUCCAGCUAAGCAGUGUGACUCUUCGGGAAACAAGGGAGUAUUUCUAGGAUGACGAGCGGGAGUCUUGAAUCUGUGUGUGCAGCAGAGAAACUCCCAGAGUCUAGGCAGGUGGGGGAGGAGGUGUGCUGUCACUUUGAGGGUGUUAUAAUAUGCUGCUUUUAAAAGAAAAAGUAUAGUUGCAAUUCAGUGCAUCUCCAGACAUAGGAAGGGGUUGCUCUGAAUAACCAGUCAGGUGAUCUUUUUCUAUAGCUUCAAGUUUUAUGCAAAAACUUUGUUAAAUUCUGCAAUGGUGAUAUGCAUCUUCUUAGAAAGAUGUUAACAUUUAAAAACUUAUUUUAUGUAAGAACUGACAGAGGAAUUUGUAUAAUUGCAAGCUGACUUUAAGAAAGUACUACAGGAAUUUACUAAAGUUCAAAAUUAUAUAGAUGUGUUAAUGGAUAUAUGUGCAACUAGAUAUGGACAAUUGUAUUUUUUUAAAUAAAUAUUUUUAAC